CUGGAAAGGAAUUGAUACACUAUGCAUAUAUAUAUUUUUUUCACAUGAAAGUUUUUCAGAUGUAACGGUGACUACAUUGUAAGUAAAGUAAAACCCCCUCUAAAUUUGAACAAGCGAGCAGCAAAAUGAGGGGCAAAAACAACUACCAGGAAAUAGGGGAAGAGUCGCCCUAGACAAACAGCAAAUUCCAAAAUCAGAGAAAGAGAGAAUUAGGUCUGAAAACAAAAGUUACAGAAAGGAAAAGAGAAAAAAGUCAAUCAAUCCCAUUAGGUGCGACGGCCGAAAGCUAACGCAACGAACAAUUGGUGCGCCGAAAGGAUUCCUUCUCCACCUUUUUUGAUUUUCCUGCCCCUUGCUUCUUUCACGCAUUUUGUCAAACAAGUUGGACGCGUUUUCGAUGCUUCCGAUUACCGCUUUCAUCGACUCCACCGCCGUCAGCUGCUGGAGCCUGAGAAUUGCCGGACCGAACAAGCCACCACCUGCGCCCACUGCCGCAGCCGCGUCUUCACCGUCUGAGGAUUCUCCCCUGGGCCGAAGAUGGCGCGGGCCGGGCUGCCGACGGGAGACGGCGAGUCCGGUUCGCAGUCGGAUGACGCCGUGUGCGAAGACGGCGUCUCCGUGAACGACUUGGAGACGGAGUCGUUGUAGUGCUUGUUGACAGCGUAGUACAGCCCCAGCGCCGGCAGGGUGUUGGAGAGCCGACGAUCGACCUCGGGGGAAUCGAAUCCGAAUCCCAGCUCGAUGCAAGCCUUGAGCUCGUCGACGUCCUCGUCCGUCACGCUCUUGCUACGGCGGUUCCUGCUGCUCUUCUUCCGCCUCAGCCACGCCUCGUCCCGGUAUAUGUCCGGCGACCAGGAGUGCUGCUUGUAGAGCGGCGCCGCCGCCCUCGCCAACGGGUGUUUGAACGACGGCGGCGGAGGCGGGAAGAACAGCGGCUGGUUGGAUGGUGGGGGAGGAGGCGGCGGUGGGGGUGGAGGUGCGGAGGAGGAGGAGGGGUGGUGGUGGCGUGUCAUGGCAGAUCCCCGGCGGCGGAGGUCGGAGGACCUCGCGGCGGCGGCCGCCUGUGGGAGGAGAGAGGGUGGGGGAGAGCUUUGUUGGAGAGAGAAAGGAAUGGAGUGGAGAGGGGCUUUUAUUGGGGUGAGGUGGUGGAGUUUGUUGGGCCCACGACGGCCCGUGAUACAAUUGGGCUAUUGGUUGGUCGGUUUGGGUUAUGAUGAUGACCUGUCAAAAGGAGACAAACCGGCCGCUGUCCGCUGCGCCAAUCGCAAAUUCGCAAUGCAACCUGGUGGAAAUGCGAGGAUUGAAAGGAAUCAGCUCUGAUUAGAUAGGAAGAAGGAAUUAGAAGAAUCGAGCGAGCGGGAGAAUUAGGGUUUCGAUUUGAAGCUUCUCUGUCGAUUCAAUAUCUGCCGGAGAACCACCCCGGAAAAGAUGUGGCACGAGGCGAGGAGAUCGGAACGGAAGGUCCACGAUAUGAUGGACGCGGCUCGGAAGCGAGCGCAGCGGCGAGCGGUGUAUUUAGCGAAGAGGAGAGGCGACCCGCAGCAAUCGAUUCAGGUCCUCGGCAAUCGCUGCCGCAUGUACCGCGACGAUGGCCUCUACCAAGCCGCUGAGGAUCAGCAGGGAUUGAUACCUUGGAACGGGAAGGACGAUGUGCUGAUUGACAGAUUCGACGGCCGGGCGCUUCUCGAUUUUAUUAGGGAGGCCGGCUCUCGAAACUUCCGGCAGCCCGAGAAAUCGGAAGAAGAGGAAGAACUGGAAGAGUUUGUUAGUUUUGAGCGUUAUCGGGAUUUAAUUAAGCUUCGGCGUAGAGGAUGUCGGUACUUUUUUGCUAUUGUUCUGAACCAUACUGUUUUUCUUUAUUGCUUCUCGCAUCCAAUUCCAAGCUCUGGUGCUUUUGCUCGUUGCCCCGCACCAGCUGCUAUCUACCUCUCGAGGAACUGCUUGGGACUAGGUUUUACAAGCUUGGGUUUCUGUGUGUUGUAACAGUGAAUGAUGAAGAGGGUUUGCGUCAUGUGAUGCAAGAGAUGGAAGCCAAAGCGAUUGCUCCAUUUGUUUCCAACAGCAAAUCUCAGCAGUCACAGCCUCCUGCUAACAAGGGUACAUAUUCACAAGUGGGGUUUUCUUAUGGUGGAGACGGAAAAGAGGAGGAGAAGCUAUCAGAUGGUGAUGAUGAUGAAGACGACGAUGAUGAGGAUGAGGAUGAAGAAGAUGAGGACUUUAACAGUGAUGACAGCGGUGAUGAAGGGAUUGAUGUUAUUGCAAAAGAAUUUGGAGUUAAGAGGUUUGGUUGGCUUGUGUAUAUGGAUAAAAAGGCGAAAGAAGAGGAGAAAAGGCAGAAGGAAGUUAUUAAAGGCGAUCCUGCAGUUAAGAAGUUGAGUCGCAAGGAAAGAAGGAAAGCUUCUCAGGUAGAGAGGGAAAAAGAGAGGGAAGCUGCUAGAAUCACUGGGACCAGAUUGCUGCGUCAUGAUCCCUACCGGGAAUCUAGACGUAGUCCAACUUAUGAAGCUUAUUCUCGUUCCAGAAGAUCAAGGUCGAGAUCAUACUCUCCAUCACACUCUAGACGUCACAGCCGUGCUGGUCACUCUGACGAUAUUCAUCGAAGCAAAGCUAAGAGUCCUAAGAUAGAGUAUAUCACUGAAUUUGGGGGCUCUGCUACUGCCGAAGAGCCGAAGUUUAAAGGAUAUUCUCCACCACCAUCUCCAUCCCGGACUGAUUUGGUGAACCGGCCAUCAUCUGGUCGUAUACUUGAGGCCCUUCAUGUUGACCCAGCAUCUGGUGUAUCUCUUGACAAGGAUAAAACUGCGAAAGAGUUGAAACCUUCUGCAAGCAGCUCCUCAGGGUUAUCAAAACUAAGCAAGACAAUUGUUUCUGGGGGAGCUGUAAAGCAGCAGGCAGGGGAGAAAAAGGAAACUCCGCAGGAGAGGCUUAAAAGGAUUAUGAACAAGCAGCUAAAUAAACAAAUUAAGAAGGAUACCGUUGCUGAAAUGGCUAAAAAGAAAGAUCUAGAGCGGCAGAGGAUGGAGAAACUAGCAGAAACAAGUCGGAUUAGUCGUUAUAGACGGCGUAGCCGCAGCAGGAGUUACAGCCGUUCUCCGCCAAGCCGAAAGAACCGACACAGCAGAAGUCGAAGUAGGAGCAGGAGUUCACGGAGGCACCAUUCGAGAUCGCGCUCACGUUCACGCUCCCGGUCUCGUUCUCCGACCCAUUCGCGGUCUCACUCUCGCUCUCCUAGAAGAAGGAGCAGAUCAAGAUACUAGUGGCUGGUAACCGAAUGUUAUGGUUGCAGGGGAAGAAGAUAGGCUACCACGUCCAGUGUCGCUGCCAUGUGCGUCUCCCCUGCUAUUUUCUCUUAUUAUUGUGUUUUAAUCUGACAAGAAGUUGCACUUCAUCUCAUGCAUGAAUGAGAAAGUAUGAGCCUCUAUAUACGUAACCUUGUGAUGCAAGGCAAUGUGAUUUUGUUAGCAAUCAGCAUCCUUUUAU